AUGGAGUAUUCAGACCUCAACCUGAGUAAUGAUGAUUACCAGAAGAGCGAGGAGUUCAAGAAGAAACUCAUGGCCUUUAUGGCAGAAAAUGGCUAUGACAACUUUAAGGUACCACAAAUCGCUGGAAGAGAACUUGACCUGUAUAAGCUAUACACAAGUAUCAUUAGGCGCGGUGGAUACGAUAGAGUGACAACCUUAAAACUAUGGCGGGAGAUUGUGAAUGAAUUCAAACUUCCAGAGAGUUGUACUUCAGCAUCGUUUACUCUAAGGACACAUUACCAAAAAUAUCUUUACUCAUAUGAGAAGAAGUACUUUUCAGGAAAUACUAAUGACGGACUUACCAAUUUCACAGCUUCUAAAUUUGAGAGCGGGCUCCCUCAAAUAAUCCCAAUGACUGACAAUAUGAACCUGAACUUAUCUUCAAAAUCUUUUAUACAGAGAAAAAUCAGGCUAUCUCAGACAGAAGCAGAGAGUAAGAGACUAGUCCUUGCUUUUGAAUCAAGAAUUCCUCGAGAGAUCACCUGGGCAUUGAACACCUUGACAAUUUUUAGCUGAAAUGUGUCAUCUCCUUUCACUCUUCAUUCGCAGCCGUUCUUGCUUGACUCCUUAUAUGCAUAUUUGACCUAUGCCUUAGGGAAGAUCUCUAGCUUGGAUAGUACUAACCUGUUGGAGAAGUUAGGUAAGACUAUCUCUUCAAGCGUGCCGACUAUCACAGAGUCUACUAAGCCAGUGUCCCAUUCUACAAACAUUUCUUACAAAGGGUCCUACCCCUCUUACUCUGAAAGGAUUAGAAGAAGAGAGGAGAACCCUGCCAAUCUUCCUAAGCUAGAAGAGCCAGUUUCCAAGAACAAAAAAGCCAGAGGCAGAAGACCUAAGAAAUACAUUAUAGAACAAAGAAGAAUGCUUGAUGAGAUCAGAAGGAAACGGAGAAAGAAAAUCUCUAUGAUGCAUACUGAGGUUUCCGAGUUCGAGCUCAUCCAGAACAUCAGAAUAAUUAUCCAUAUCUUAAGGAAUCUUUCAUUUGUAAAAAUGAAUGAACAUCCCUUAGUGAAGUGCUCCAAGCUAGUGGAUACUAUUAUUUGUCUGUUUAUCGAGUAUAUUGAUAAGGAAAUCACUUUCAAUUGUCUGGAUAUCCUAACCAAUCUUGGCAAGCAUGUUAUACUCAAGGACUCAGCCUUCGGGAGAGAACUUGUUAAAUGCCUCUUUGAAUGCGUCAAGAAAACAUCAAUGGAGAUUGUGCUAGACCAAACAAUGGAAUGCCUCAGAAGACUUUGCCUCUCUACAGGAAAUGACGAAUACAUAGAAAAUUUGAAGGAUGAUGACCUCAAAGCAAUUGUCGGAACCCUCUUGUCAAGAAAUAUGGAAACAAGAGAAUCAGCUUUAGAAAUUCUCUGUUAUAUAUCUGAUAGGAAGAUUGACACCAAGGUUAAGAUUGCAAAUACCAAAAAUUGUAUCAAGAGAUUAGUUGCUUUGAUUGCUGCAGGAUCGCAUACACCUGGAGAAGAAAGGGUCUCUAAAUUAGCAGCCCUAACUCUUUCAAAUUUAAAUAUGAUAACGAAGAAUAAAAAGCUUAUUAUGCCAUAUGAGCAAGAGCUAGCCUUGAUAGCUGCAUCUGACGAGAAAACUUCUAAAAUAAUCACAGAAAUUCUGGGGGAUCUGGAUUUGUACCAAGUAAAUGAUACAAAGAUCGUUUUCUAAGUGCCAAUUUCAAUAAUUUUUCUAAAUUUUGGGGU